AUGACUCUACUGGGGCAGAUUGUUUUAUAUGUAGAUGUGUUUAUGGGUAAGGCUGUUGUGACCAGGACCACUGUGUUGGAGGUGAAAUCCUCGGGAGGAGGAGUGGGGACGGGAGGAAGCUCCAUGUUGAUGCAUUCCACUAGCUCCACCUCCAGCCGUUCUGGGGGCGGGGCAGCCAUGCUGUCAUCAGGUGGCGCCGCGAUGCCACGGCGCCAUCAGGAGGAGGCACGGCGCCAUCAGGAGGAGGCACGGCGCCAUCAGCAGGAGGCACGGCGCCAUCAGCAGGAGGCACGGCCCCAUCAGCAGGAGGCACGGCGCCAUCAGCAGGAGGCACGGCGCCAUCAGGAGGAGGCACGGCCCCAUCAGCAGGAGGCACGGCCCCAUCAGCAGGAGGCACGGCCCCAUCAGGAGGAGGCACGGCUCCAUCAGGAGGAGGCACGGCCCCAUCAGGAGGAGGCACGGCCCAUCAGGAGGAGGCACGGCCCCAUCAGGAGGAGGCACGGCCCCAUCAGCAGGCGGCACGGCCCCAUCAGCAGGCGGCACGGCGCCAUCAGCAGGAGGCACGGCCCCAUCAGCAGGAGGCACGGCCCCAUCAGCAGGAGGCACGGCCCCAUCAGCAGGAGGCACGGCCCCAUCAGCAGGAAGCACGGCCCCAUCAGGAGGAGGCACGGCCCCAUCAGGAGGAGGCACGGCCCCAUCAGGAGGAGGCACGGCCCCAUCAGGAGGAGGCACGGCCCCAUCAGGAGGAGGCACGGCCCCAUCAGCAGGAGGCACGGCCCCAUCAGCAGGAGGCACGGCCCCAUCAGCAGGAGGCACGGCCCCAUCAGCAGGAGACACGGCCCCAUCAGCAGGAGGCACGGCCCCAUCAGCAGGAGGCACAUUCCCAUCAGCAGGAGGCACGGCCCCAUCAGCAGGAGGCACUGCCCCAUCAGCAGGAGGCACGGCCCCAUCAGCAGGAGGCACGACGCCAUCAGGAGGAGGCACGGCGCCAUCAGGAGGAGGCACGACCCCAUCAGCAGGAGGCACGGCGCCAUCAGGAGGAGGCACGGCGCCAUCAGCAGGAGGCACGGCGCCAUCAGCAGGAGGCACGGCGCCAUCAGGAGGAGGCACGGCGCCAUCAGGAGGAGGCCCGGCGCCAUCAGCCGGAGGCCCGGCGCCAUCAGCAGGAGGCCCGGCGCCAUCAGCCGGAGGCCCGGCGCCAUCAGCAGGAGGCCCGGCGCCAUCAGCAGGAGGCACGGCGCCAUCAGCUGGAGGCACGGCCCCAUCAGCAGGAGGCACGGCGCCAUCAGCAGGAGGCACGGCGCCAUCAGCAGGAGGCGUCACAAUGGUGUCCGGUGGGGGACCAGCUCUGAUGUCAUCAGAAGGCGUCGCGAUAGUGUCCGGUGGGGGACCAGCUCUGAUGUCAUCAGGAGGCGUCGCGAUAGUGUCCGGUGGGGGACCAGCUCUGAUGUCAUCAGGAGGCGUCGCAAUGGUGUCCGGUGGGGGACCAGCUCUGAUGUCAUCAGGAGGCGUCGCGAUAGUGUCCGGUGGGGGACCAGCUCUGAUGUCAUCAGGAGGCGUCACAAUGGUGUCCGGUGGGGGACCAGCUUUGAUGUCAUCAGAAGGUGCUGCGAUGGUGUCAGGCGGGGGAACAGCCAUGGAGGGAGGUACAGCCACGGUGUCAUCGGGAGGUGGCACUGUGUCCGGCGGAGGUUCCAUGAUGAUGUCAUCGGGCGGGGGCAUGACCACGUCCGGUAGCAACUUUUCUUCCACCAGCGUGUUGACCAGCUCCACCAUGGAAGGUAAAGUCUCUACUGGUGAUAUUACCAUAGUUCCCAUAUAGUGAUUCCCUUCUCUGAUUCACGUCACAACACUCCAGGACCACGGAACCCCCACACACACACACACA